AUGUCUGCCUCCAACUCUCAAGGUAUCAAUACACUCUUAGACGCUGAACGUGAAGCUGCUAAAAUUGUUCAAAAGGCCAAGUCUUACCGUGUUCAACGUUUGAAGGACGCUCGCUCUGAAGCUGCCAAGGAAAUCGAAGAGUUGAAGGCACGCAAGAAUGCCGAAUAUCAAGACUUUGUCGCACAGCAUUCGGGUGAAUCAGAUCAAAGUCUUAGUAAAGUCGAGCAAGAAACAGAGGAAAAAAUUGCAGAGAUUCGUUCUAUGGCCCAGCAAAAUAAGCAAGAAGCUAUUGAUAAGUUGAUGAAAGCUAUUACUCAAGUUGAAACCAAGCCUCACCAAAACUUCCGUGUCUAA